ACAGUUGAGAGAGAGAGAUAGUGAGGUCAAGGCUGAGCUACAAAAGUCUACAAAUCCCAAAACUCCAUCGAAGCCAAAGAAGAAGAGGAAGAAAAACUCCAUUGUUAGAUCUCCGCCAACUAGAUUCUGUACCUCCCUGAAAUGGACUUUGCAGGGUUUGAUCUCGGCGGUUGGAGUUGAAAUGCAGCCCAAUUUGUUCCCGUUCGGUAGUGUUUUGGGUAAUCCCUUUUUGUUCAAUGGCGAUUUGAGUGAGGGCUUUGAGAGCUCUAGGGUUUUCUUUUUGGUUCCGUUUCUGUUGUCGCAAGGCGGUGGAAUGGAUUUAUCUAAGGUUGGGGAGAAGCUUUUGAGCUCCGUUAGGUCUGCUAGAUCGCUUGGUCUUCUUCCUUCUACUUCUGAUCGCCCUGAGGUUCCACAACGAGCUGCGGCUGCUGCAGCUGUUGCUCGUGCCCUUGCAGGUCUGCCCCCACAUCAAAGAUAUAGCCUGUCAUCAAGCUCUGAAGAACUAAGCUCUAUAUAUGGCAGCAGACGUCAGAGUCAAGUAGUGGCAGAACUAGAAGAAGACUUCUAUGAAGAGGAGUUUGAUCCCAUAAGACAUAUUCUAGAGAAUGUUCCGUCUGAAGAAAAUGAGCUAGAGUACUUUGAGAAACAGGCUACUCUAAGAUUAGCACAACUGGAUAGAGUAUCAGAGCGGUUGUCUCGACAAGUUAUGGAGCAUCAUGAAGUAAUGGUGAAGGGUAUGAAUUUGGUUAGGGAAGUGGAGAAAGACUUAAAGGUUGCGAAUGUCAUCUGCAUGAAUGGAAGAAGACAUCUUAACUCAUCUGUCAAUGAGGUUUCAAGAGAUCUCAUUGUAAAUUCCCAUUCCAAAAAGAAGCAAGCGUUUCUGGACAUAGUUCCUGUUCUAACUGAGCUUCGCCAUGCAUUGGACAUGCAAGCAGCACUUGAAUCACUUGUUGAGGAAGGAAAUUACUGCAAGGCUUUUCAGGUUCUAUCGGAGUAUUUGCAACUCUUAGAUAGUUUCUCUGAGCUUUCAGCAGUACAAGAGAUGAGCCGUGGAGUAGAGGGUUGGCUGGGGAGAACUCUUCAAAACUUGGAUUCACUUUUGUUAGGAGUGUGCCAGGAGUUUAAUGAACAGAGCUAUAUUACUGUGAUUGAUGCUUAUGCUCUUAUUGGUGAUAUCUCUGGUCUUGCUGAGAAGAUACAGAGCUUCUUUUUGCAGGAAGUUCUUUCAGAAACCCACUCUGUAUUGAAGGAUACUGUGCAGGAGGAUCAUGAAGUACAUAAACAAAAUAAUAGACUCACAUAUAGUGAUCUUUGCCUUCGGAUACCUGAAUCUAAGUUUAGGCAGAGUUUGUUGAGAACGCUAGCUGUCCUUUUCAGGCUGAUGUGCUCCUACAAUGAAAUUAUGGGUUUUCAGCUGGAGAAUAAGGAUACAGCCAGUCAAACUUCAAAUAGUGUGCCAAGGGAUAAUGAUAAUUCUAGGAAUGCAGGAGAGCUCCAGAAAAUGGAGUCAGCUUCUGGAAAUUCCUCUAAAUUUAAUGGCUCUCUUGAUCAAUCUGUAGAUAGAGUUUCUGGUUCAUCUUCUGCAGUAGAAGCUACAGGAGUCAAAUCUUUAUCUGAGGAUGCUCAGUCUACAAGUUCCAUGCAUACAAGUUCAAAUGACUCAGUUUAUGAAGCUACAAAGGAUGAUGGGGCAGCAUCAACCAGUGGAUCUCCGUGGUAUUAUCUCCGAAAAGAUGCUACAGGGUUUGUUUCACAAACCCUUCAAAGAGGACGCAAGAAUCUUUGGCAACUCACAACUAGUCGAAUAUCUGUCCUGCUUUCUUCUUCUGCUGUUUCUUCUGCUAGUAUUCACCAAUUCUUGAAAAAUUAUGAAGAUCUCAAUGUCUUCAUCUUGGCUGGGGAAGCAUUUUGUGGAGUUGAAGCAGUUGAGUUUAGACAAAAGCUGAAAAUUGUGUGUGAUAAUUAUUUCAUAGCAUUUCACCGGCAGAAUAUACAUGCACUUAAAAUGGUUUUGGAGAGAGAAAAUUGGCUUGUAAUGCCACCAGAUACAGUGCAGGCAAUCAGCUUUGCUGGGCUUGUUGGUGACGGAGCACCUCUACUUGCUACGUCUGAUGGCAACUCCAGUCAUUCCAGAGUUAUUUUUGACAAGUCUGUGAAAUCAGUAGAUACUGGGUCGAAUAAGAGCGGAUUUUCUCACUGGGCAAUAAAUGGAAAUCCAUUUUUUACUAAACUAGUGCAUACUUCCAAAGAAGGUCAUUCCAACCAAUUUAAUGGAGCAGCCUGUAGUGAACUUGGUGGACAUGUAAAUGAUAGUCUUUAUGAUGAGAAGAUAUCUCCACGAAAGAGUGACUCAAGUCAAUUGAAUGGUACUAAUUCUAUUUUAGAAGAAGAAAAUGAAGAUCUUCUUGCAGACUUUAUCGAUGAGGAUAGUCAACUCCCAAGUAGAAUUUCUAAGCCUAAAGUUCGAAGAAGUCAUUCAAGUUUGAAGGAUGAUGAGUGUGUAGCCCAAACAGGAUCAUCUAUUUGUGUUCUUCGAUCCAUGGAUAAGUAUGCAAGGCUUAUGCAGAAGUUAAAAAUAAUCAAUGUUGAGUUCUUCAAGGGGAUAUGCCAGUUGUUCGAGUUAUUUUUUCAUUUUGUAUUUGAAACAUUUGGUCAACAGAGCAAUAAUUCAGGUGGAAAAGGUUCGGUUGACUUCAUUAGCAGUCGACUAAAGAUGGCAUUAUCUAGAAUAACACAGGAUUGUGACCAGUGGAUAAAACCGUCAUCCUCUACACAAACAUCUCUGACUACAUCAUUUGCACAUGCGGAUGUCACACCAAGUCACCCAAAUUCAAAUUUCGGUCAUGCACCAGGAAUAUCUUUUGGUCUCAAGGAAAGAUGUGCAGGUGCUGACACCAUAUCUCUUAUUGCUCGAAUGUUGCAUAGAUCUAAAACCCAUCUCCAGUCGAUGUUUCUUCAAAGUAAUACUGCUGUUGUUGAAGAUUUCUACACAAAUUUGGUGGAUGCUGUACCUGAUCUUAUAGAGCACAUCCACAAGACAACUGCAAGACUAUUGCUUCAUAUUAAUGGAUAUGUCGAUCGGAUUUCUAAUGCAAAGUGGGAAGUAAAAGAGCUUGGGCUUGAGCAUAAUGGGUAUGUUGAUUUGUUGUUGGGAGAGUUUAAGCACUAUAAGACUAGGCUCACUCAUGGUGGAAUUCGCAAGGAGCUUCAAGACCUCCUUUCAGAAUAUGGAAUUGAAAUAAUCGCUGAAACACUAGUUGAAGGUCUAUCACGCGUGAAGAGAUGUACUGAUGAAGGACGGGCUCUAAUGUCAUUGGAUCUUCAGGUCUUGAUCAACGGACUGCAACAUAUUGUCCCGGUAAAUGUGAAGCCCAAGUUCCAUAUAGUCGAAACCUUUAUUAAGGCGUACUACCUUCCCGAAACUGAAUAUGUGCACUGGUCACGAGCCCACCCGGAAUACACAAAAAACCAAAUUAUAGGACUGGUCAACCUUGUUGCCACAAUGAAAGGUUGGAAGAGAAAAACCAGGUUGGAAAUAUUAGAAAGGAUCGAGUGAGCUGUGAUCGGAUAUGGCUUCUGACUGAUGAUAUAACUAUGCAAGGUUUCAACCAUACAAAGUAGUCUCACAUUGUGCUCCUGCUUUCCAUUCUUUCGACCUCUUUGUUUCGAUUUGUUUACUUUCAUUUUUAUCUUUUUCGAGGUUUGUAUAUUUGAUGGGUAUUUUGAUUUCCCUCAACUCUGUAGAAUAUGAUUUCAAGGUUGUAUAUUUCUCCCCAGAAUGUAAUAUAUGGUCCUCCUCGAGUGAAGCAUCGGAUGUAAUUUUGAAUUAAAGAAAAGCACUACCAAAAUAAUGGAGUAUAUCUGAUGAGAAAAAUAGUGAAAAUAAUUUCAUAAAUC